CUUGGAAUGAACAGAAACACAAACGAUGACAAAAAGAAGAUUAUGGAGUUGCUAAAAACUAUUAAAGAAGGGCGUUGGCAGCUUACGCAGUUUAAAUCUGGUAAGACAAAUACCACGCUAUUUUGUACAAACGAUGAUUAUAAAGUUGUGGCCAAAAUUUACGGAAAAAAUACGAGCGAUUUCAUCAACCGAGAAAUUGAAAAGUCUAACAUUUCGUAUCUUCAUACGUACGGACUGGCACCUCGUAUCAUGGCAUCGUACGAGAAUGGAUUUAUAAUCGAUUAUAUACCCGGCAAAGAGCUCCAGGAAGUAGAGAUUCAGGCACAUUACGAAGUGAUUGCACGGAAAAUGAGAAAAUGGCACACUAUCAAAAGUUCAGGUGUGCCAACACUGUUCAAAACAAUGCUGGACUGGUACUGGAAGGCGCACGUGCACCACAACAGCAUGCUGGAGAAUUACAACAUCUACGAUUUCAUUAUAGAAACGGAGAGAAAAGUUAAGCACUGUGAAGUCGGGUUCUGCCACAACGAUCUUCUGGCUUCAAACAUAAUUAUACUGAACAGCCCUGUGUGUGAGAAAGACUUGGUUAUAAGUUCUAUAUCCGAAACGAGUGCCCGUCCUAUGUAUGAAGUUGAUGAGGUGCAAUUCAUAGAUUUCGAAUAUUCGGGUCCAAACUACACCGCAUACGAUGUUGCCAACCACUUUGCCGAGUACGUUGGGUAUUCGUUUGAUAAGAGCAAAAUGCCGAGCGAGAGUUUUAAGCAAGAGUUUAUUAGGACGUACAUGUACUCAGGGUUUACGGUAAAUGAUAAGAUAAUUGAUGACUUUCUGAAGGAUGUUAAUGUUUUUAUACCGGUUUCUCAUUGCUAUUGGGGCCUUUGGGCGUUACUAAAGGGUCAAACCAAAGAAAAAGACUUUGAUUACUUCAAAUAUGCUAAGUUUAAGUUGGAUUUGGUAAAUUAUAAGGUAAAGAAUCAUCGCAGUGAGUAGCGUACAAUUUUUGUAGUAAAAAGCUUUUAAAUUGUU